AUGGAUUUCCCAAAGCCGAGGCAGGUUAGAGAGACGAGCCUGUUGAUGUACUACCUGGACGUCGUGUUUUCUCUACAAUGCAUUACCCCAAACAACAAUUGUCUGGGCAAGAGAGAGUGGCUGUUGACUAUACUAACCUCUGCUCGGCCUACGUACUAUGCAACAUUGUGCCUGGCCCUCCUUUAUAAAGAAUCCCUCUCAAGCCCUUGCAGAGCCGAACAAGCGGUAGUAUGGAAGAGAGAAAAGACCUACUACUACAUUCUUGCGCUCCAAGAGUCUCAGAAGCUGUUGGGUGGACUCGACAAGACUUUUGGUAUCACAAGGCUGAAGGGGACCGUCGUUGCCCUUGCUUGCAUGAUCCAGCUCAUCGGGUUUGAGUCUUCGCACUUAAGUAGGGGAGAUUGGCGCGUUCACCUCCUUGCAGCCAACACACUCAUUCCUGUGUUGGUCGAGGGUUGGUCCACAGCUUUGCAAUCAGGCCCUCCAGCCACUUCAAUCUGGUGUGAGUUGGAUGAUUCGGAUUUCGGCUCAACUGAAGAUCAAAAUUCCUUGAGCUUCGAAUAUCUUGGUGCUUUGAGAUUCUUGUCAAACUCCCUGGCGACAACCGGUAUCUUAUCGUGCAUAUCUGUUGGCCCAUCAGCACCAUUCGAAGAUUAUGGUCACCUCUUAGACCAGCCAGGCCUCAUACAGAUGGAUGAGGUGCUAGGGUGCAAGAACUGGGCCAUGCUGACUAUACUCGAAGUGGGUAAGCUGGACCGGUGGAAGCGCCAGGAGCAAGAGCACAACCGUUUGAGCCUAAAGACACUCGCUAGGCGUGCAAUGAUGAUAGAGGACAUGUUGACAGACGAGCUACAAAAGCUUCCGGCAAGCGAGACACUGCCUGAUCUCAUCAACCAUAUUUACGCCGCCUCCAUUAUGACAUACCUGCAUACAGUAGUUUCAGGACUCAAUCCCAACCUUUCAGAGGUCCAGGAUAGUGUGAACGCAACGAUUCUAUUGUUGGAGAGACUCCCAGAUCUGCAAGCUGUCGCGUCUGUUACUUGGCCUUUGGCUGUCACAGGUUGCAUGGCCUCGGAAAGUCAUAAGGACUUUUUCAGAAAUACUCUGAGGUCCUAUGACGCGACAUUCACCUCGUUAAAAAAGUAUGAUGGAACUCUUGAGGUUUUGGAAGACGCUUGGAACAAACGAGAGAUAGACAGAGAGUCUCCAAUCAGGUGGGAGGAUCUGAUGGAUCACCAUGGGCUUCCAGUGCUCCUACUCUAG